UGCCCUACAUCUCUUGCCUCUCUAGCACCCUGCGUCUGUCUUGCAGUUUGCCAGGAUCGGCCAGUCUUCACACUCACUCUCAGGACGACACUGGGCAGAAGAAACAACAUGGCUUUACGAAUGAACGCGUUCGUGGGACUUUUCCUGCUUUCUCUGACCUGGAAAGCAGCCUGGGCCAAGGUGGAGGUGAACAUGGAGGACAGAGUGGAGGUGUUCCUUGGGGACACGGCCCAGAUCACCUGCAUGUUCACGGUCUCAGACAACCACGAUGACGUCAUUAUCCAGUGGUACAUGAUCACGAAGACCAACAUCCGCUCGAGGAUCUACUACGGAGACAAGAACAUACAGGUAGUCGACCUUGACGGGCAGUUCACAGACAAGAUCAGUGUGAACGGGAUGGGGAAGAGCAGCGAGGUGGCGCUGACCAUCAGGGACGUGGCGCUGGAGGAUGAGCUAGAGUUCAUCUGCCAAGUCAACGGAAUGGCAGCGGGUAACAUGGAGGGACGCACCAUGCUCAAGGUGUUCGCGUCACCUGAUCGUCCAAACAUUGAGGGGGUGCACUCUGGGAUCUCUGUCAGCAAUACGAACCCAUCUAAGAUAGGGAGCUGUGAGGCUAAGAAUGGCUACCCCAGGCCUAACAUCACUUGGUACCGUGACCAGAGCCCACUGCAGAACACACCAGGCGAGGUCAGUGUGGUGACCCGGGUCACUAAGGAGUCCAGUGGUCUGUACACUGUCCAGAGUGACCUUCACCUGAAUGUGGUCAAGGAAGACAAGGAUUCGUUCUUCUACUGCGAAGUCAGCUACCUCGUCCCUGGUGGAACCAAGAUGACGGAGACCAACAAGAUCAACAUCACUGUCCACUAUCCAACCACUUCUCUUGAUGUGUGGGUGGAGUCACCAAAGGGGCGUGUCAAAGAAGGGGACACAGUUGAGGUUCAUUGCCGUGCCAACGGGAAUCCUCAACCACCCUUUACAUUCAUGCACAAUAUGCAAGAGCUGAAAUCUGAGCUGAAUGUAUUGGUCCUGAAAGACGUGAUGCGUCUAAGCAACGGCAACAUCACGUGUACAGCACUGGACCUGGACACAUAUGAAGAAACCGUAGGGCACACAGAGCUCUUCGUUGACUAUCUGGACCUGGCUGUAUUGAUUCCCAAAGACACCCACGUCAUGGCUCGGGGAGAGGAGCUGAUGGCCACCUGCAAUGCCCUGUCCUCCCUGCCCACACACACUGAAUGGUUCAAGAAAGGAGAAAAAGUUGCAGAGGGCCACACACUGACCCUGAAGGACGCUGUGUUUGACAUGGCGGGGACUUAUGUGUGUGUGGUGAAGGUGCCUUCACUGGAAGGACUGGAGACCAGAGGCUCUUUACAUGUCCACGUACAGGGACCCCCAGAGAUCAUGGAGUCAGCAGACACAGUCCUGGAGGAGGUCACAGAGAAGUUCCUCAACCUGAGCUGCCAUGCUAGAGGAUACCCAACCCCUAUCAUCACCUGGAGCUCCUCUGACGAAUCACAGAUCCUGAAGGAGGUGUCCCACAGACAGACAGAGGACGGGGUUCUCAGUGUGGUGAGCGUCAAGGUGACCUCUGACAUCACAGCCAACUGCAAUGCCUCCAACGUCCAUGGCACAGACUCCUUCCCCUUCAGCAUCAAAGCCAUUGUCCAAACGACCUCGUCAGAUCCCAGUACUACAGUAACAACAGUAACCCCAGUAACUCCUCCGAAGAGAGUCAAGAAAGAGGGCAGCGGUGUGAUCAUCGCUGUCAUCAUCAUCUGUAUUCUCCUGCUGGCUAUCCUUGGCAGUGUGCUGUACUUCCUGUACAAGAAGGGCAAGAUCCCAUGUGGGCGUUCGGGCAAGCAGGAUCUUACCAAACCAAAUAAGGACAGCACUAUGGUGGAGAUGAAUAAUGACAACACGGAGGAGGCAGUGCUUUUAGGUGUCAACGGAGACAAGAAGCCCCCUAGUGACCAGUAAAGGGUGAUAAGUACAUGGACGUGCAGAAGUGAGUGUGGCUGUGUGAAGGGGCGACUCCUGCAGCUGCUCCCAGUUCCCAGUUCACUCUCUCAGGGUGGGAUGGAUCCUUUGAUGCCUUGUGGCCUACAACUCCCGGGACAACCCAUCUGAUAUGUGCUGCAGUUCUCUAACCUGAUUCCCAGAUUCUUAGUUCUUUAGCAUUAUGUUCAGUCAUGUUUAGCAUUUGCAUAACAUAGAACAUGCAGAUCUAGGAUCAGCCUAGCAAUUUUUUAUGAAUGGGCUUCUUCUAUGCACCCAUAAGACCCAUUUAGAGCACAAAAUAAGGAUGGUUUAUAUACACUGCUCAAAAAAAUAAAGGGAACACUUAAACAACACAAUGUAACUCCAAGUCAAUCACACUUCUGUGAAAUCAAACUGUCCACUUUGGAAGCAACACUGAUUGACAAUAAAUUUCACAUGCUGUUGUGCAAAUGGAAUAGACAAAAGGUGGAAAUUACAGGCAAUUAGCAAGACACCCCCAAAAAAGGAGUGAUUCUGCAGGUGGUGACCACAGACCACUUUUCAGUUCCUAUGCUUCCUGGCUGAUGUUUCGGUCACUUUUGAAUGCUGGCGGUGCUCUCACUCUAGUGGUAGCAUGAGACGGAGUCUACAACCCACACAAGUGGCUCAGGUAGUGCAGUUCAUUCAUGAUGGCACAUCAAUGCGAGCUGUGGCAAAAAGGUUUGCUGUGUCUGUCAGCGUAGUGUCCAGAGCAUGGAGGCGCUACCAGGAGACAGGCCAGUACAUCAGGAGACGUGGAGGAGGCCGUAGGAGGGCAACAACCCAGCAGCAGGACCGCUACCUCCGCCUUUGUGCAAGGAGGUGCACUGCCAGAGCCCUGCAAAAUGACCUCCAGCAGGCCACAUAGGAACUGAAAAGUGGUCUGUGAUCGCCACCUACAGAAUCACUCGUUUUUUUGGGGUGUCUUGCUAAUUGCCUAUAAUUUCCACCUUUUGUCUAUUCCAUUUGCACAACAGCAUGUGAAAUUUAUUGUCAAUCAGUGUUGCUUCCUAAGUGGACAGUUUGAUUUCACAGAAGUGUGAUUGACUUGGAGUUACAUUGUGUUGUUUAAGUGUUCCCUUUAUUUUUUUGAGCAGUAUAUAUAUAUAUAUACACACACCUUAAUCCAAAUGCCAACUCAGGCAACCAAUAACUGAAGAUCAGCCUGGAACUGCUCUUUAUGAAGUGUACAUAUAUAUUAUAUCCUGUAUAUAUUUCUUUAUUUAAAAUAACCAAAGAAAAACCUUUUAAAAAGACAUGGCUAGUUUUGGUGCUUUUUUUGUUGGUCCAGGGCGUUAAGGCGUGUUCCUCUGCAGCAUAGUGGAGGAACGUGAACUAACGCCCUGGACCAGAGCUAGCUUUACUCUAGAGGUCCACCUGCUGUUGUUCUGCACGUGAUUGCCUGCCUUCACUUCCUACUUUGCUAAAGUCUGUACACUGAAACCAUGGGGCCCUGGGUGCCUAAUGACAGGCUUACCUACCAUGUCUACAUGUAUAUAGCCUGCUUCAUCUACCCAUGUAAACCAACAUCCAACCUUUAGAGCUAUGUUCUCAAAGUGGACUCCAGUAUUGGUCGUGACAUCACAUAUCAUUUAGCAAAUUCCGUUUGAGUUUAGUCUUUUAUUAUUAUUAUUAUUAUUCUUUUUUUUUUUUUACUUACCCCUGAAACUAACCGUACGCUUGUUUUUGGCUUUGUGAAUGAACACAUAAGGCCUUGUAUCCUCCUCUUAUCUUAUGAGAGAUAGGCCCUGUUUGAAUGUAUCCUUCCUGCUUUCCUUCAUUGGAGUGAUCGCUGAGCUGACGUGACUUGGAUAGGUGAAGACCUAUGCAAAUCAGGUCAAAUCAGUGAUUUAUUCAUGGAAGGAAGGAUAUGUAGUGAAAUAUCCAGGAUUGGGUUCUUUUGUACUACCAGAGCCAAUAGCAGAGCUCCGAUGAGGCCAAAGUGUUAUUGGUUACUUUUUCUUCCACAAACUGCUGUCUAGUUCUUGUACUGUUUGUAAAUAAGAGGUUAGAAUCACGCUGAUAUGUUUGUUCGUAAACAUCUGUCUGCCUUAUACAUUCAGCCUCAUUCUACAAGUCACAGCUAGCAGAAUAGCUUCCAUUCGUUCACACUUGUUUUAUCAUUCUUUGUGAAAAUAUCCAGUGCACUGAUUUUCUUUAGUUUGUUAUCAUUUUUUGUCAUGUUUUGUUUGUUUUGGAUGUGGAUCUCUGGUUUAAGUUGGGUGAAGGAGUGUUUGCGUGUGUAAUGCGAGUGAAGCUAGUUUUUGAUGAAAGGUAAAAUGGCUCUUUGACCUAGGGGAGAGUGGGUUAAAUUGAGCCAAAGGGGUAAGUUUGGCCACCCUUGUUUCGAGGAAACCAUACAUAAAACUAAUCAUUUGACCAAAAUGGGAAGAGGUCAUAAUUUCAGGGAGUAUGUGAAGGAAGAAACCACAUGUAAAAAGUGGUAAGCAAGUUAGGUCCCAAAAAACGUAUCUUCACCAAAUCAAAUGGAUUUGUGUUACCAGGUUCAUGAUGCUUGUAUCUAAACCAAAGUAGAUUCUUUUAAGAUUGUUAUAUUCACACAGACAUAUCAGUUGGUGUCUCUGUAAGCUUCAAUAGGAGGUCCUAAACCUAGCAUGAGGGCUAAUAGUAACAAUGCAUAUUUAAUUUUUUUUAAGAAAAGAAAAAGGCUAAUAUCGUUAAUGUUUGCUUUGGGGUAAGUUGAGCCAAUGGCAAGUUGAGCAAAUGUAAGUGUGUUUCUUCCCAGGCGCAAUGCCAGACAUUAUCGCUGGGAUAUGGGUUAACAGGACCUGGCCUGUUAAGUGUUUAAAAAAAUUAAGUGGUGUUAAAAGAUGCUUCAAAUUAUUUAAAAGAAAAAAAACUAUUGUGAUCGUGUUGAAUUGUGUUUGGGAAAUAAAGUCAGACAUGGUUUUAAGAGAAGUAGUAGUAAUAUUUCAUUCAGUACAGAAAUGUGUAGGCGGCUUAACUUACGCCAUACGUACGUUGUGCCAAGAGACCACUUUCUUUGGACAAGCUGUUCUCAAAACUAAUGUUUACAUUAGUAUUAUUUCCAGGGACACACAACAUUCUGACAUACAUGUAGAUAACUUUGUUAGAAAGAACACUAUAUUUUCCUUGAUUGAGUGAUGCUAAACAUUUUUUUUUUUAAAUGGCUCAACUUACCCCACUCUCCACAAUGGCAAAUAAACUAUAUUUAAAAUUCAAACAGGCACUCGCACAUCUGAGCCAGCUUUGUUGCAGGUGCAUGGUAACAGUUGAAUAACAUGAGAAAAAAGAGGAAACCCGCAUACUGCUCUUGCUAGCGUCACUGCUCUUUACCAAGCUUUACAUAUUGGCCUCGAGGCCUUCGUCAGAGUAAAAAAUUACAAAUGCUAAAAACCUGACGAAGGCCUUGAGGCAGAUACGUAAAGAGCAGUGAUACCAGCAAGAGUAGUGCGUGGGUUUCUUAUUUUUCCCCCACCAAUAUAAACCACAUGAAAGUCAUCUGAACAGGGACUAAAUGUGAAACUCUGAUAGUGUUUUACACAGAACCCCUCUGAAAUGCUAUGCUAUGAUACCUAGUAGUUUUCAUUCUGCAAACAAAAUUGCAAGAAUUUGUUUUAUCAGUUGGUCAGCCCACUAACAUUUCUACACCAGAGAAUGGCUCGAUAACAACACAACUCCUUAGUUUGAGCUUUCUUAAAAUCACAACAGGUGAGAUUCCAAGAGCUCGCUCAUGGCCAUGUUAAAACACAACCCAGAAGCUACUCUUAUUAAUAACUAAAGACACUACAGGUCAAAAAGGUGGUUUUGCUUAAGUCUGCAUCAAAUCAUUAGGGACACCAGUUUUACUCAUGGUCCUCCCAAUCAAAUGUGUUACGGUACAAUCUGAGGAGAAAACUAUGACAGUCAUCAAUCUUUGAUAGUAUGAAGUAAAAUGUAAGUUCUGUACUGUCUAAUUACAGCCUUCAAUAUCUCCCCUUUUCACUAUUUUUGUUGUUGUUGAUAUUUUUGACAAGAACUAUCAGUGUUCUUUUUGAUAAUUCAAAAAAAUGGUUUGUAAUGGUCUAUGACUUGCAAAGACUGAUUAACUUCAGGACAGGUGAACGGAUUCCUUUUGUUUGUAAAAACGUUUUUUUUUUUUUAAGUAAAUGCCAAAUAAAAAUGCAUGUUCAAUGAAAAA